CGGAGGAGCCCGAGCUCUGGUCCGCCCUCCGCAGGAGAGUGCGGGGACUCCUUCCCACCGCGCGGGGAGCGCUUGUCGCGUGUGCGGGGCGGGGUCGGCUGCGGGCCGCGCGCGGGCGGCGGCGGAGGGCGUGAGAUGCGGGGGCAAAACCGGCUGGGGUUGUAGCUCUGGACACCUAGCCGGGCAGGACGAGGACGCGUCCGGUUAUGGGAUGCCCUGGACAGGCAGGGGCGCUACCUCGGAUCCCCAGUAGAUCUGCGGGCGGGUCCUCGGGGCCGUCCUCCCCCGCUUCCCGCCCGCCCCUCUGCGCCCCGGGAGGACCCCCAUGGUCCCUGCUCUUCUGGAAACUCUCCCUGUGGCUGGGCUUCGUCGGCCGCGACGUUGCAGCCCCGCUCGGGGCCGGUUUUGAUCGCGGGCACCGAGGCGAGGGCGAUGUCGGACCCCCGGGUGCCGGCCCAGCCCUCCGUACUCAAGCCCCCCCGGGAGGCCGCCCCGGGAAAGACCCACUGCCCUUUGUGCCUGGGGCUGUUCAAGACCCCCCGGCUCCUGCCUUGCCUGCACACGGUAUGCACCACGUGUCUGGAGAAGCUGGAGCCCUUCUCGGUCGGGGACGCCCGCGCGGGGGGCUCUGACGCGAGCUCCGAGGGCUCGGGCCUCCUGGACUUCGGGCCGCGGGUGGGCAUCCUCUGCCCUGUCUGUGAUGCGCAGGUGGACCUGCCCGCGGGCGGGGUCAAGGCCCUCACCAUCGACCACCUGGCCUUGAACGAUGUCAUGCUGGAGAGCCAGAGUGGGGACGGCCCCCGCCUGGCAUGCGACCUGUGCGGCGACAGGGGGGUGGAGAAGAGGUGUCAGACCUGCAAAGCCAACCUCUGCCACUUCUGCUGCCAGGCUCAUAGGCGGCAGAAGAAGACCGCUGAGCACGCCGUGGUGGAGCUGGACGAGCCGGGGCGGCGCGCCGGGAAGCCCGCGCCAUGCCCCGCGCACCCUGCGGAGGAGCUGCGGCUGUUCUGCGAGCUGUGCGAGCGGCCGGUGUGCGGCGCCUGCGCGGCCGGCGAGCACCGCGGCCACCCGUGCGAGGACGCGGGCCGGGCGGUGCACCGGCACGGGGACGCGCUGCGGGCGCUGCUGCGAGGCGCGCGGCCUCGUCUGCGGGCCCUGGACGAGGCGCUGGCUCGGGUGCGGGGCCGGGACACGGCGCUGCGCGAGCGGGUGAAGGCCGUGGCCGCCGAGGUGCGCGCCUGCUCCGACGGCCACAUCGCCGCCAUCCAGGAGCACCGGGACCGGCUGCUGCGGCAGCUGGCGGCGUUGGGCGCCCGGCGCGAGCGCGCGCUGCGUCUGCAGAGCGCACAGCUGGAGCAGCUGCGCGCCGACGUGAGCGCAGGCGUGGAGUUUGCCGAGCACCUGCUGGCCAGCGGCUCCGACCUGGCCGUGCUGGUCACCAAGGGUGUGGUGGUGGCGCGGCUCCGCGCGCUGAGCCAGGCCGACUGCAACGCGCGCCCCGCCGGGCACCCCCACAUCCGCUUCUGCCCCCAGGAGAAGGCCGGCCAGUGCCGCGGCUACCAGGUGUACGGGGCCCUGGACGCCCAGGAGGUGGACCCGGCCAGAUGCAUCCUUCAGGGAGAAGAUCUGCACAAAGCUCGGGAGAAGCAGACAUCCUCCUUCACCCUGCUUUGCAAGGAUGCUGCAGGAGAGAGCCUGAGCAGAGGAGGAGACCACAUCAGCGUCGCAGUAGUCCCCAAAGAUAAGAAAGACAGUCCAGUCAGAACAAUGGUCCAGGAUAACAAGGAUGGGACGUACAAUGUGUCCUACACCCCCAAGGAACCUGGCAUCUAUACUGUGUGGGUUUGUGUGGAAGAACAGCACGUGCAGGGCUCACCCUUCACUGUGACAGUGAGGAGGCGGCACCGCACACACUCGGGCGUCUUUCACUGCUGUACCUUCUGCUCCAGCGGCGGCCAGAAAGCCGUGCGCUGUGCCUGUGGGGGCACCAUGCCAGGUGGGUACCUGGGCUGCGGCCACGGACACAAGGGCCACCCCGGCCGUCCCCACUGGUCCUGCUGCGGGAAGUUUGCCGAGAAAUCGGAGUGCACGCAUGGGGCGGGGCCCGGCGCCCCAAGGAACCUGCUGAGGACUGUGGCAUUGUGAGGAUGCCAGCACCCACCACCCCGCAAAGCUCCCACCAGUGGACGCCAGAUUUACUGAAGACCCCAGAGCCAGAGAAAUACCUAAGAGACCGAUGGGUUUAAAACAAAGUGCCUUCAAGUGCCUGCCUUGUCUCCUUUGUACUUGCACAGCAAGCCCAAUCCAUUCCUCUUAAAGGUGGAUUGGCAACGUGUCUGCUCUACCACAGGGGCACCUUUGGCAUACCUUUGGUAUGACAGUGCCUAUGCCACUGGAAUCUAGAGGUCAUGGGAGCUGGUCACUUAACUCCUUCCCUUCUAAUGCAUUGC